AUGAUAGCUCUAGGCGUCUGGGGGGUGUGUCACGAGAUAUGGAUGUGGUUAAUGCUGCCCACAUUGAGUGGGCCCGCUUUUUGUGACACAUUUUGA